AUGUCGCUAACGAAUUAUUAUUCUAUGAUGGGGCUGCAGACUGAGGAGCCGUACGGGGCGCACUUUAUCCCGGGGGGCUUGCAGGGCUCGGCGGCCGGCUGCUCCAAGCCAGUCCGGGGAGCAGCGGUGGAAGAGGAGGGUACCCCCGGAUCGCACAUCCCGGAUUUUUCCCACUUCUCCAGCAAACAAACGGGCUUAAACGGUUUCUCUCCGUGGGCGAGCGCCACCGGUUCGCCGUCCUCCCCGCAGCUGCAGAGCGGCCCCGGAGCCUCCAUCCCCGGGCUUUUCCACCCGCAUCCCCUCCUGAGUCACCACCAGCACCCACAGCAGCAGCCGCCCUACUACGGCCCACAGGCUCACGCCGACCACCUCGCGCCGGAGAGCAGGUUCGUCCGCUGCUGGGAGGCGCCCACUUCCACCUCGGAGGAUUCCAACUACCCCGCUUGCGAGCCGCCGAACCCGAGUCCGAGGUUCGAGGCGGUCAAACCGGAGAGUUCGCCGCACUCACACGGAAGCCCCGGGGACUCCAGCUUCGCGAGCCCGGCUGAGGUGGUCCUAGAGCGGCUGGGCACGGUGGAGGAGCUCGGUGGAAAACCGGAGCCCCGGAGAGAGGACGAGGAGAAGAAACCUCCGCAGCCGCAGCAGCAGCAGCAACUUGACCCGGAAAAUCCGUCCGCAAGCUGGAUCCAUGCCAAGUCCACCCGCAAGAAGAGGUGCCCUUACACCAAACACCAGACGCUGGAGCUGGAGAAGGAGUUCCUCUACAACAUGUACCUGACCAGGGACCGGCGCCUGGAGGUGGCAGGACUCUUAAAUCUGACAGAGAGACAGGUGAAAAUCUGGUUCCAGAACCGGCGGAUGAAGAUGAAAAAGCUGAUGAUUAGGGAGCGGAGGAGUAUUCAUGAAUGAUUGAGACGACCAGCAGAUGUGUGAGGCGUCGUCAUGGCUGCCAUGGAGGAACAGGACUUUUGCUAAGACCGUUGCCGGGGUGUGUUGUAACACUGCUUUUUCCAAUGUUUGGCCUUUUUAUGUUCCAUAUUUUUUAAAACUUAAGUGUCUUGUGUCUGCGAAAAACGACUUCUUCAGAAAUUGAAGCUGUAAUUUUUAGUCAUAAACCAGUCACAUUAAGAGCAAAGGAGGAUAUUGAUUUGCAGUAAAUAUAGGGAUAUACAUAGUUAGUUAGAAAGAAUCAUAUUCAUGAUCAAAGUAAUGGCGCAUUAGACGCGUGCCUGGGACCACUCGCACCAUAGUAGGGCCCAACGAGCCUGCCCUGUAAGUGGGGUGAGACGAUAGUGUCGACAUC